AAUUUUACCAAACUAAUGUUGACGACUAGUAACCAGCUGUUUUAAAAAUACAAAUUCUUUCAUAAUUCAUUCCUCCAAAAUUCUCUCAAAUAAAGUUACUUAAAUGAAAACAAAUUUGUUUGGCACUUCCGAACACCAAAUAAAAUAGCAAUGCUGCUUCAGGCCCUAGGGAAGUGCACACGGUUAACCAAACCUACAAUAAGAUAUGCUAAAGUUCAAUGGAAAAACUACACUAUAAGUCAUAACAUUAAAGGAGGCCUAAAUGUGACAACAAGGUGUAUGCAUCCAAAACACAAUGGUUUAAACCUUUGGCUAGUACGUUUAAAAAGCGGAGAGUCGUCGGUGGCCAAGGGCAGGAACCCACCUAAGGUCAAACUUAAGAAAAGAGAUGUUACGCGGUUAAUUGGACUGGCUAAGUCUGAAAAAUUAGUGUUGACCGCUGCCAUAGGAUGUUUAAUAAUAUCAUCCACUAUAACAAUGAGUGUGCCCUUUGUUCUAGGCAAAAUCCUUGACAUUAUAUUUGAUAAGGACGGAGACAAAGCAAAGCAAGCCCUGGACAAAUUGAAACAUUUUUCACUGAUACUGUGUGGGGUUUUCUUAAUAGGCGGUUUGGCCAACUUUGGUCGAAUUUAUUUAUUCAACAGUGCAUCUUUGCGCAUUGUACGGGACUUACGUUCCAAACUAUAUCGAUCUAUGUUGAAUCAAGAAGUUGGUUGGUUCGACAAAAAAGGCACUGGUGAACUUGUUAAUCGUCUCGCUACUGAUACAUAUUUGGUAGGCAACUCCCUAAGUCAAAAUCUCUCAGAUGGCUUACGUUCUACAGUAAUGGUACUCGCUGGUACCACUAUGAUGAUUUAUACAUCUCCUCAACUGGCUCUAAUUAGUACCUGUGUAGUUCCCUGUGUUGCAGGCAUAGCUAUUGUAUAUGGACGGUACGUGCGUAAAAUAACUCGUGCCUUAUUGGACAAAUUAGCGGAUAUAUCUAAAUCCGCAGAAGAGCGUUUGGGAAAUGUAAAAACGGUAAAGACCUUUUCCAAAGAAGAAAUGGAGUGCAAGACCUAUGACAACUUAUUAGGAGAAGCGUUAACACUGGGCUACAAAGAAACAAUGGCUCGUGCGUUAUUCUUUGGAGCGACUGGCAUGUCCGGAAACAUAAUAAUAAUAUCUGUCUUGUAUUACGGUGGUAAUUUGGUUAUACAAGAUGCCUUAUCCAUUGGAGCAUUAACAUCUUUCAUUUUGUAUGCUGGCUAUUCAGCUAUUUCGUUAAAUGGUUUAUCUAAUUUUUAUACCGAACUAAACAAAGGUGUAGGUUCCGCCCAAAGGAUAUGGGAAAUUUUAGACCGUAAAUGUCUGAUUCCAUUAAACUUGGGAGUUGUACCUGAGACCAAACCACAUGGUGAAGUUAUAUUUGAUGGUGUUCAUUUCAAUUUUCCCGCCCGACCUGAAGCUACCGUUUUAAAUAGUUUCAAUUUAGUUUUAAGGCAUGGUGAAACAGCAGCUCUAGUAGGACGCAGUGGUUCUGGGAAAAGUACUAUUGCCUCACUACUUUUGCGACUAUAUGAUCCUUUGCAAGGACGUGUUCUAUUGGAUGGUGUAGAUUUAAGAGAAUUAAAUCCCGUGUGGUUGAGAAAGCAUAUUGGCGCUGUAAGUCAGGAACCUGUUCUUUUCUCUGGCAGUAUACGUGAUAACAUAUUAUAUGGCCUAAAUCCUGGGGUGUCCAUAAACGAUUCACAAUUUGAUGAAAUCGUUCGAAAAGCACAUGUAAAUGAAUUUACUGACCAUUUGCCCUACGGUCUGGAUACAUUAGUGGGACAGAGAGGAAUGAUGUUAAGUGGAGGACAAAAGCAAAGAGUGGCAAUAGCAAGAGCAUUAAUUAAGAACCCCACAAUUUUAAUAUUAGAUGAGGCAACCAGCGCUUUAGAUUCCGUUUCGGAGGAAUUAGUACAAAAUGCCCUAGAACAAUUGGCAAAAGGACGCACAUGUUUAACUAUAGCCCACCGUUUAAGCACCAUACGUAAUGCAAAUACAAUAGCCGUUUUAGACAAUGGACAAAUAGCAGAACAAGGUACUUACGAUCAACUUAUUUCACAGGACACUGGAGCUUUUAAGGAACUAGUCAAAAAACAAGCUUUUUUGAUGAACACGUGACAUUAUGGCAAACACUAAGAAUUUUAUUUUAAAUAACACAGCAAUUAAUUAAAGAACAAAAGUGUUUUUAAAACGAGCCAGAUUGUAUUGAUUUUUGCUGAUUUUUAGUUGUACAAAAUUACUGUUAAUUGUAAGUGUUAUUACACUAUCAUUUUAUGAUAAUAUUUGAAAUGGUGAAAGUGCUUAUAAAUAAACAAAAUGUA